GUUUGGUAAAGUUUUAGACAUGGGUAGAUGCUUGUAAAUGGUCUUCACAUCCCUUCAUGAUGGCUUUUUUUCUUGUGCUACUCAAUAGAGGAAUAAUAAUAACGUGUGUUUUAUUGCUUUCUGCCUAUCAAGGAACUUCUCAUCCGAUUUUCAUGGUGACAUUUCCAGGCCUUAUAAGAUCAGGCUCAGAGGCUAAACUAUGUGUGAGCCUUCUAAAACCAGAGAAAAAUCUGCAGCUUACUAUUUCUCUAGUUAACUAUAACCAGAACAAAACACUUCUACAGGAGAGAACUGAGAAGGAAUUCCAUCGCUGCAUUGACUUUCAGGCUCCUGAGUCUGAUUCAGUGCAGGAGAUCCAAGUGGAAGCUCGAGGGAAAAACACUCAACUGAUUGAAAAGAGAAAAGUCAAAUUCAUGUCAUACAAUCCACUUACAAUAAUUCGAACAGAUAAACCAAUCUACAAUCCUGGUCAAACAGUUCAGUUCAGGAUUUUCACGGUGGACCUAAACUUUAAGCCAGUUGAUGAAACAUACAAACUCAUAGGAGUGAAGGAUAAUCGAAUGAACAGAAUUAAUCAGUGGAUUAAUGCCACAUCAACCCAUGGCAAGAUUCUACAACUUUCCCAUACGCUGAAUCCAGAGGCUCCUGUUGGUUCAUAUGAGCUGUUUGUAGAGACUAGUAAACAAACAAUUAAAGAAUAUUUUCAGGUUAAAGAGUAUGUUCUACCAAAAUUCGAAGUGAAAUUACACAAGCCAAAGACAGUGAGAGCAAAUGAAGCGGAAGUAAAGCUGGGGGUAUGUGGAAGAUACACCCAUGGACAUCCUGUCCAGGGUAGUGUGAAGAUGAUACUCUGCAAAACCAUUCCAGUCAAUAUUUAUUAUCCCUUUCAGUAUCAAACUCCACUUUGUGUUAAUAGGUCAGCAGUACUGAAUGAGACCGGCUGUGUCUCUGAGAUGUUCCCCAUUUCAUUCUUCAUCAGAAGAUCAGAAGUGUAUUUCACGCCACAGUCUCUUGAUUUUACUGCAUCAGUAACUGAGGAGGGGACAGACAUCUCAAUGGAAAGGACUGAAAAUGUGUUUUUGACCUAUACAAGCAUCAAAUUUAUUGACCUGCCAGAGUUCUUUGAGAAAGGAUCAGUCAUACAAGCAAAGGUUAAAGUUGAGAUCUACAAAGGAACCCUAUUUCCUAACUUUAAGGUUGUUAUUCAUUGUGACAUGUCUCAGUCUCAAGAACUUACCACAGACACCAAUGGGUUGGCCAAUUUCACCAUUAAUACGUCCCUUGCGAUAAGUACAUCUAUUCAUGUAUCGGCAUAUGCUUCAUUCACCGAUCAGUUUGUUGCUCCGUUCAAUUUUGAACCAGCAUACAAAACUCUGAAAUUGAAACCCAAAGGAAGCCCAGCAAACGCGAGUCAACUCGUUAUAAAGGCUCUAGAGGAACCACUGAAGUGUGAGGAGGAGAUCCCAGUAACCGUGCAGUACACUAUUGCUGGAGAGACUGUUGAAAGUGGUUCUGUUACCAUAGUCUACCUGGUUUCAUCUAGAGAAGGGAUAGUCCACCACGGCUAUAAGAACAUUGAGGUGAAAGGCUCUGAUGGAGUAGUGGAGGGAGAAGUGAUGUUUAAAGUCCCUGUUCGUACACAGAUGGCUCCUAAAAUGGAGUUUCUCGCAUACUGUGUGCCGCCCAGUGAGAUUGUACUAGCUGCGUCCAGAACAUUUCAAACUGAGAAAUGUUUUGAAAACAAGGUGUCACUGCGGUUUUCUCCGACUACAGCUGUUCCUGGUGAAGAAAACACUCUCCAGAUCUCAGCUCAGCCUGGGUCACUGUGCGGCCUCAGUGCUGUAGAUCAGAGCGUCCUGAUCAUGGAGCCCGGAAAACGUCUCGAUGCUGACAAAGUUUUUAACCUGUUGCCAGCUAGGCUUUUUCCAUAUGACAUUAAAGAUCAAGAAAAUUGCUUUAAUAUUAGAUCCAGAAGAAGUUCUCUGGCCUUCCCUCUUCCACCUCCACAUAUACCAAUGCCAUUCCAGCCUUACCCUUCAAAGAGUAAAACAGAUGCUGUCUAUGAGAUUUUCAGGAACAUGGGAUUGAAGGUGGUGACAAACUUGAUUAUUAAAAUGCCGUCUUGUAUUAAAUUCAGAGAUGUACUUUAUCAGAGAAUGUUUGGUGGUCCAGUGGGUCCAGGAUUUCUAAUUGAAGAAGCUGGAGUCGCAGGAGGUAUAGGACCUGGGAUUGCUCUCACACCUCCACCCGAAGAAACUAUUCGUACAUUUUUCCCAGAAACUUGGAUCUGGGAGCUUGUUGAGGUUGGGGACUCUGGAUCAGCUCAGGUUCCUGUCACGGUUCCUGACACCAUCACCUCUUGGGACACGGAGGCCUUCUGUCUGUCCUCCAAAGGUCUGGGUCUGGCUCCUCCUGCUCAGCUGACAGUUUUCCAGCCCUUCUUCCUGGAGCUCUCUCUGCCUUACUCCAUCAUUCGUGGGGAGAUCUUUGAGCUGAAGGCCACUGUCUUCAACUAUCUGUCCAAGUGCAUCAUGGUUAAAGUGACUCCAGCUCCUUCCUCAGACUACACUCUCAAAGCCUCCUCUGAUGAUCAGUAUUCAUCCUGUCUGUGUGCUAAUGGAAGAAAAACCUUUAAAUGGAUCCUCACUCCUUCUGUUCUUGGAGUCUUGAAUAUUACCGUCAGUGCAGAGGCAGAGGCGUCCCAGACUGUGUGUGACAAUGAGAUUGUGAGCGUGCCAGAGAGAGGACGCAUUGACACAGUCACACGAAGUUUGCGUGUAAAUGCUGAAGGAAUCGAAAAAAGUAACAGCCACAGCUGGCUGCUUUGCCCCAAAGGGCAAAACCUCUUGGAGGAAGUAGAUCUAGCAUUUCCCAAAAAUAUGAUAGAGGGAUCAGGAAGAGCUACUGUUUCAGUGCUUGGAGACAUAUUGGGUCGUGCACUGAACAAUCUUCAUGGAUUAUUACGGAUGCCGUAUGGCUGUGGAGAACAAAAUAUUGCUGUUCUUUCUCCCAAUAUUUACAUUCUGCAGUAUCUGGAAAACACAGAGCAGCUCACCUCAGCCAUCCGAGAAAGAGCCACUGGCUUCCUAAAGAACGGGUAUCAAAGGCAACUCAACUAUGAGAACUUGGAUGGAUCAUACAGUACAUUUGGAAAGGGAGAAGGAAAUACAUGGCUGACUGCGUUUGUGCUGAGGACUUUUGGGAAAGCACAGCGUUACAUAUUUAUUGACCCCCAAAAAAUUCAGAAUUCAAAGCAAUGGCUGAUACACCACCAAAGACCAGACGGUUUAUAUGAGACCAGGGGAAAACUCUUCAAUAACAGAAUGAAGGGGGGUGUAAGUGACGGUGUGACCAUCACUGCCUAUAUAACUGCAUCACUACUCGAGCUGAACACAUCAGUUGCGGAUCCUGCUGUGAGUAAAGGUCUGUCAUACUUAAAGCGCUUUGUUGGCGAUAACCGAAACACUUACACCACAGCUUUACUCGCCUACACUUUCAGUCUGGCUAAAGACACAGUGACUCGAGACUAUCUUUUAAAAAAGCUAAUGGACAUUGGGAUUUCAGAAGGGUCUCGUCUCCACUGGUCUCAGUCUGCAUCUGCUGAUGACUCUGAUUCUCUGGCAGUGGAGAUCAGCUCAUAUGUGCUGCUAGCUGCUCUCACUGCAGAGUCACUCACUACAGCUGAUCUGGGCUUUGCUAACAGGAUUGUCAGCUGGCUUGUGAAGCAGCAGAAUGCCUAUGGAGGAUUCUCCUCCACACAGGACACAGUGGUGGCUCUUCAGGCUCUGUCUUUGUACGCCACCAAAGUGUUCAGCUCUGACGGCUCCAGCACAGUGACUGUACAGUCAGCAGGAGACACUCACCACUUUGAUGUCAAUCAGGACAACAAGUUACUGUACCAGGAGAAGCAGCUGCAGAACGUUCCAGCCAAAUACAGCAUUGAAGUGAAGGGCUCAACCUGUGUGUCUGUGCAGAUGUCUCUUUUCUACAAUAUCCCCACUCCCAAGGAAUCUAAGGCAUUACAAAUCUUUGCUAGGACUGGGGGAGUGUGUCGGAGCGAGACCGGACAAAUUCUGGAUGUCGAAUUAGACAUUAUGUAUACUGGGACAGAAGACAGUUCUAACAUGAUCAUUGUAGAUAUGAAACUCUUGUCUGGUUUCAAACUACAGCCCUCUUCCCUGGAUGCAUUAAAGAAAGCAGUACAUCGUGUUGAAUCCAAAGACGACCACGUGAUAAUGUAUCUUCAAGAGGUUCAAAAGUACAAGCUCCUCCGCCAAGCACUAUAUAUUAAAAAGAUCUUCUCAGUUAAAAACCUUAAGCCAGCAGUUGUAAAAGUCUAUGAUUACUACCAGACAAGUGAGCGGUCUGAAGCAGAAUACUCUAAUCACUGCCUGAGGAGUGAUGCCGCAGAAUAAACAACAGAUGUCUUCACAAAAUUCAAUAUAUAACUCUGUGCUAUUAUAUUCAAUUAGCAUAUAUAAUAUGUAUGCAAACACAUAGGAUAAUAUAUAUAUAUAUAUAUAUUUACAUUAGUGCUGUCAAACAAUUAAUCGCGAUUAAUCGCAUACAAAAUAAAGGUUUUUGUCUACAUUAUAUAUGUAUGUGUACUGUGUAUAUUUAUUAUGUAUAUAUAAAUACACACACAUGCAUGUAUAUAUUUUGAAAAUAUUUACAUGUAUAUACAUUUAUAUUCUUAUAUUUUAUAUUAUAUAUGAAUAUAUUUAAUAUAUAAACAUAACAUAUUUUUCUUAAAUGCAUACAUGCAUGUGUUUGUAUUUAGAUAUACAUAAUAAAUAUACACAGUAUACACACAUACAUAUUAUGUAAACAAAAACUAUUAUUUUGGAUGUGAUUAAUUGUUUGACAGCACUAAUAUAUAUAAAACCAAAAAUGUUUCUGGAAAAAAUUGCUUACCCUAGCUUUAAGAUUGACAUGUACUUAAGCGUUUGCUCAUUUAUGGGCUUUUAUAAAUUUAGAUAGAAAAAUAUUAUGCUUCCCAGUUGUUAAUAUGCAAUACCACCUACUGUAUCUUCACAGCAAAUAUAAAUACCUCGAUUAUAUCAAUCUGUAUGACUUCAUGAAAAGAGCAAGUAAAAUGGUGUAAAGUCCUGUAAAAGUGGCCCAUCUGUAUUCUUUUAGAUGAUUUC